AUGAGUGGGAUAGAAGUCGUGGGUCUUGCUUUGGGUGCCUUUCCUAUUCUAAUUAGUGCUCUUGAACACUUUCGAGACUCGGCAGCAAUCCUCCGCAAUUGGUGGCGUUUUGAGAGAGAAUUUAACAAUUUCAAGCUCCAAAUUGAAUACCAGCACCAGCGGCUGAAACAGAAUCUUGAACUGAACUUGCUUCCAUUAGUGGUUGACGAUGACGUGCGCCUGCGAGCUUUGGUCGCUCAUCCUGGAGGCCCUCGAUGGCAGGAUCGAGAUCUGGAAGAAAAACUAAAACAGCGUCUCCAGGAAAAUUACAGUCUGUACAUGGACACCGUCAAAAUAAUGAACGAAGUGAUGGGGGAGUUGAAGGCAAAAGUUUCGACUGGGCACUCAUCUGGAGACUAUGAGAUGCGCCGUUUUAUCUUCGGCAUUGACAAAGCGCCCCGUGACGACCUGCUUCGCAAGGUGGAUAGAUACAACACAAUAUUACGAGACCUUCUGGAAACAAGCGAUAAAAUCACGCAGAUCAGAAAACGAAUUGCGCUUCCAAAAGCUCAGAGGUCCUUGCUUAGCUUCUGGAAACAUGCCAGCGCCAUUUAUGGUCUCCUGCAAGGAGCCUGGAAGCAGAACUGCUGUCGGUCACAUCAUGCCGAUCUCUUGCUCGAAAAUCGGAAAUGCCCAGACGUUGCGUUCACUGUGUUGUUCCGUGCUGGUGACAAUGAGGGCGAACCAAAUAUCGCAUUCUGGCUUUGGCAAACGGCUUGUAUCAAACUCUUUAGGGCUCACGACAAUGACGCAGGAAACAUACUCAAGCUUCCCGCGCCAGAGAGAACAAUACAAGGAAAUCCUCAGCCCCCGUCCCAAAGCCAGCUACCCUCUGCCCCGAAGGAGCAGUCUAGCUUGAAAGGACAGCUAAAGCAGCUUUUCAGACCUAAGUCAAGGAAGGAGGCUGCCUGCCCUGUUGCCGCACCCUCACAGACGUUUCCCACGAAAACACCUAUAGUUGCAUCGAGCCGUCUGGAUGGGGUGGCUCUGACGGAGCCGUCUAUGAUCACCGAUCUCUGCAAAACCUUUGCCACAAUUUCCCCCACCGGCGGUCUUUCUGGAAUACUGGAGAACGAUGACAAUCAAUACGCUCUCGUUCUUCCCGAAGCGCCUCAUCCGGAUGCCGAUGCCCGAAAAAUGGUGAAUCUGUGGACCUUACUGAAUAAGACCUCGACCAUAGUCCUCACUCGUCGAGAUCGGCUCUCAAUUGCACUUGCGCUGGCAUCGUCACACUUGGAGCUACAUUCGACGCCGUGGCUCAGAAGCUUGUGGAGCAAAACGGACAUCCAAUUCCUCGUGGAUCCGCAGGAUGAGAACCGCGUUCUGACCGAUAAACCAUACCUCUCGCGUGACUUUUUGACCAGUCAUCAAGCUUCGAUCUCCAGACCUGCAAGUGGUGAUUUCGGCUUCUGUGCCCUCGGGAUAAUCCUUCUUGAAUUGAACUUCUACAUGCCAAUCGAGCAUUAUGGCCCGAGGAAGGCCCUGGAAUCUGCAUAUCCCGCGACCGAUCGACUCACGGCACAGAUCUGGGAUCAUUCAAUCGCCACGGGGUGGUGUAACGAUCUGAUGGACGAUGUCGGUCCGGAAUAUUGUUCUGCCGUUCGUUGGUGUCUCGAAAGGACAUUUUCCGGGCGAGACCAAUGGCGGGAAAGCUAUAUCGAGGAAGUAAUUCAGCCGUUGGAAAAUUGCUAUGGUCAUUUGGCAGGAAUACAAUAUUGA